AUGGCUACUGUCGAAAGUGAGUGUUUUGAAGUUCUUAACUGUCUUUUAAAGGCUGUUCAAGCCAACGAGGAUUCUAGUUCUUUUGAGAACUCUUGCACGGAUCCUCUGCGCAUUCCUAGUGGUAAAAGUGAAGAGUCGAAAGAACUUCGAAAGAAGUGGAUUAAUCUCAUUUCACGCAGGGAUUUCUCUCCUACAAUUGGUCAUAGAAUUUGUUCGUUGCAUUUUCCUGGGGGACGUAAAACCUAUUUAAACAACCUUCCUACGAUUGUUCCCAAAGCAACCAGACCUACACCAACGAAACCUCGUUCAACGACUUUUUCAGAACUUGAUGAUAACAAUAAUUCAUCACGCUCAAUAGAAGAACCAGAUAAAAUGGCUACACCUGUAAAUGAGAAUAUUGAUCCUAUUGCUUGUUUACAAGAACAAACGGAAAAACUUUUAGCAACUAAUGAGAAACUUAAGGAGGAGAAUGGAAGACUUAAAAAUGAAAAUAAAUGUCAAAAAGAUGAGAUAAGAGGAUUAACGGAGCAACUGGAACAAGAGAGGAAAAGAAUACGUUUUUCAAUUGAAUGUUUUAAGGACAAUGACAUUCUCAUUAGGUUUUAUACGGGGCUGGAAGACUACAAAACCUUCAAAACAUUGUUUGAUUCAUUUGGACCGGCAGUGAAUAAUCUGGUGUAUUAUGGUACCAAGACUGAUUUGGAAAGGUUAAGCUCUGAAGAUGUAAUUAAACGUGGACCUAAAAGAACAAAUUCACCUGAACAGGAAUUUUUCCUUGUGUUGGCUCGCUUGCGAUUGGGGCUUUUAGAAGAAGAUAUAGCGACCAGAGCUGGGUUGUCUCAAUCACAUAUGUUACGUAGCUUUCCAAUUUGGCCAUCCAGAAAAGCAGUUGAUAAUUCAAUGCCAGCUUCAUUUAGAGAUAUGUAUCCUUCGACACGAGUUAUUAUUGAUUGCACAGAAAUAUUUAUUGAAAAACCAAAUUCUUUUAGAAGUCAAAGUGCAACAUUCUCCACUUACAAAAGCCACAACACUGCCAAGGGUUUAGUUGGCAUAAGCCCAUCAGGAGCUGUCACUUUUGUAUCGGAUUUGUAUGCAGGAAGAUCAAGUGAUCAACAAAUUACUAUUGAUUGUGGAAUUCUGAACUUGGUAGAAAAUGGAGACUCAAUUAUGGCUGAUAGAGGAUUUGAUAUUGAGCACAAUUUACCAGAUGGAGUGUCACUAAAUAUACCACCAUUCAUGCGUGAGAAAGAGCACUUGUCAAUUGAAGAGGAAACCAAGACUCGAAGAAUAGCUUCUGUUAGGAUCCAUGUGGAGCGGGCAAUUGCCAGAAUAAAGAAUUUAAAAUUUUAA